CCCCGCUCGUCAUCGACCCCUUUCACUGCGGCUCCAUCGCCGAGCGGACUGGCCCGCUGCUCUCCUCCGAGACCUCGUCGCAGACCGUCGGAUCCAAUAAACCUCCAGCACCGGCUCCCGAAAAGCCUCCGGCUCGCGCACAAAUGCAAGCGAUCAAAUGCGUGGUGGUGGGCGACGGGGCUGUGGGUAAGACCUGUCUGCUCAUUAGCUACACCACCAAUGCCUUCCCUGGUGAAUACAUCCCCACCGUCUUUGACAACUACUCUGCUAAUGUGAUGGUGGAUGGGAAGCCAGUGAAUCUGGGCCUUUGGGACACAGCAGGGCAGGAGGACUACGACAGGCUCAGACCACUGUCCUACCCACAGACGGAUGUGUUCUUGAUAUGCUUCUCCCUGGUCAGUCCGGCCUCCUUUGAGAACGUCCGAGCUAAGUGGUACCCGGAGGUUAGGCACCACUGCCCAAACACGCCCAUCAUCCUGGUGGGCACCAAGCUGGAUCUGCGGGACGACAAGGACACCAUAGAGAGGCUGCGGGACAAGAAGCUGUCCCCCAUCACCUACCCGCAGGGCCUGGCCAUGGCCAGAGAGAUCGGUGAGGCUGGGGGCCGUGAAGUACCUGGAGUGCUCGGCGCUGACCCAGCGGGGCCUGAAGACGGUGUUCGACGAGGCCAUCCGGGCCGUGCUCUGCCCCCCGCCGGUGAAGAAGAGGGGGAAGCGGUGCACCAUGUUCUGAGCUCCCGUUCCGUCACCACGAGCAACAACCACUACUGCUGUGAGAGAAUGAGAGAGAGAGAGAGACCUGGCGAGAGUGAGUGUGCACUGCUGAGAUUAAGAUUCUUUCCUCUGAUGUUUUUCAAAGUGAUAUUGGCAACGACACCAAUAUUCGAUCACGCGUUUUCUACCAUUACUGACUAGUUCAUAGCUUUUGAAGGACACUGACUGUCCCUCUGAUGGGGGGUUCUGUUACUCGUCUUCGUACCGCCGCAUCUCUCCUUUCUCAGCCAUGCUUGCUUGAUUUAACGCAGUGACUAGCUAGAACGUGAACUGUGAAUAAACCUUCCGAUUGGACGUUACCCUCAGCUUCUGAUCUAAGAUCAGCAUUUGCAAACAAAAUACUACUGCCUGCCUUUAUGUAUUACACUAUGUAUGUAUAUAUGUUGAGGGGCAAUCGCAACUAAGCCUUAAGUUUUGCCUGUGGCGGCACUGGGAUCACGGAGCUGAGAUCUGUUGGAGACAAGAGGUCUGAGACGAGUUCAUCCGAUGAACUGAUUCCAUACAGAAGUGAAACGGCUUAAAGUGACUUCUUGGGCCUGAAACGCCUACAUUCAGCAGAUUUACACAGUGAGCAACAUGGAUUUAAGAGAUUAGGGCAAGCUAUGAAAUGUGAUAUGUGAACACCUACUGAAUUACACAAUAAGGUACAAUAAAAGAAUCGAACCAACAUCCAUCUGCAUGGCCGCGUGGUAAACCAUGAAGUCCUGUGUUGCCAUGUUUUGAUUUUAAGAGCAUAAAAGACCUUUGGAAAACCGAUGGAAGACCUUUUUUACAGCCUGUCGUGCAUCAUCACAGAUGCUGUUAGUAGAUCGACACUUAUUAGUUGAGGCUUUAACUGAAUUAACACACGGUUUUAUUUGAGGCCAUGGUGGUGUUGUAGGCUAGAAAGGUUCUAACGAGUCCUGGGAGUUUGGGUUUUUGGGGCCUAACGGCUCACUCUUGCCCAUUUAACAUAGACAGGACAGACAAAUAGCUUCGUAACUCGUUUUCCUUUGAUGGCCAUCAUGCAAAUCUGUUUCUUGAGCACACUUGGGAUCUGAUCUUAGUCAGGCAUCUCGGGGUAACUUCAUCUAACUGUGAACACGUGACUGAUGAGCAUGCCAAACGUGGGGGGCUGUACAACCUCGCUGCCUGAAUUCUGCCUCUGGGGGUGGGAGGGUUCGGAGGAGCCUGCAUGGGCGGAAGAAAAUAGUUCUGUCUUAAUUGAUCUCAUUGUUUAGAUUGUGUCUCUAAUCCUCUGCGGGUGAGUGGGUGGUGACUUUUCGUCCCAGGCGUGUGUGCGCGUGUGUGUGUGUGUGUGUGUGGACGACCUUCGCUUAGCAGCAUCAGUGCGACAGCUUUGUUGACAGUUUGGAGUUAGUGCUUAAGAGACAGUAUUGUUUUAAGCCAAGUUUUUUAGUGUCCAGUUUUUGGUACUGUUUCAUAUUGUAUUGUAGUAACACACAAGACUUUUCAACACUCUGUGGACAUGAAGAAAGAAAAAAAAAGUGACGCUCAGAUCUAGUGAUGUACAGAAUAAUCCUUAGAACACGAGUGCGUUAUGAAUACCUAUCUACAUGUACCUGAAUAUUUAGCUCUUGAAACUAAAACAGUUUAAAUUAAAGGGACUAUAGUCGCUCAUGUUGAAGUUAGAAGUGUUGGUAACAGUGUACAAUAAAGGAGCCGACCCUCGUGCGGUUUGUCUUGGCGGCAAACGGCGCAGACGGCCCUUUAUGUAAUGCAUUUCUGUGUGGUUGCAGGCGGCGGUGUGUUUGUCUCCCCCUCGCGGCGAGACGCGGCACUGCGGCCCACUCCGUCACGCUGUCUUUUGGUCGGCAUAGCAAACUGUGUGGUUGAAUCAUGUCCUGUGAUCCUGAAUAGCUAAGGUGUCAAAAUGUAGCUGAGAAGCGCAGCAAAAAAAAAAAAGAUGAUAAUCAAAACUACUAUUGCAUGGAAGUUAUUUGACACACUGUAAUUCUUAGGAGCGAUUGUACGAUGAAAUGCAUUGGCCAUGUACGUAUGUAAUGUAAGAUGACUUGUAUAGUUGUUCCAGCUGUUUGUCUUAUUUUUUAUUACUUCACAUUUCUGUGUGGUGAAAUAUUUCAACUUUUUGUAUACUAAAUACAAAUGUAUAUGUAAGGUA